CAUGGUGACGGGCGAGAAUCGAGCUGUUUGGUGGAAUCCAUGAGACACAGCUGGACAGGGCAAAAGACAAAGAGCCGCCGUCGCCCACGAGCAUUGCGCCAUCCCAAUGCGAAGUCGUGGGUUGUCCAAUGAACGGAUGGGAAAGAUAAUCAGCGCGUCGUCCAUGCACGCCUAGAGCUCAAUUCAGGACAAAAAGGUGGGAGAUUUUUCCUCACAGCGCGAACUGGCCCUGCUGCCGAUGCCGAUGCCGCAGGGCAAUACAGCCGAUGCGAAAAAUCCGUUGCCUCCAAUCUCAAAUGUCACCGAGCAUGUCUUGGGUUUCGGGUUGACUCUCACUUACCUCACUUGCCACUGUUUCUCAAGUCUCUGACAACCCAUUGCGAGGCAUCUUUCACUAGAUGUCACCCGCGUGAUACAAAUCAUCUACUGUGCCUGUCUGAGCAGCCAACUACACUUCCCGGCAUCAUUAUGGCUGCCAUCAUCACGGCCGGCGAGGCUGUUGCACGCAUUGCAUACCUCUCGUCCGAUUCCAUCAUCUCCGUCCAGCCAUCCCUCUCGACCGAUUCAGAGUUCUCGCCGUUCUUGCGACGAUAUGCCGAGAACAACGCCACAAGUCUGGUUUGCAAGCAGACGCCCGAGGUGGUUUCGGUGCGACACAACGCCGACCCUCUGCUGGACGUAUACGGAAGAGCACGAGAGGGAAAGAUCACGACGGUCACGACUAGCAGUGAUGUCCUGAUCAAGAGCAUCCCUCACCUCUACAAACUCGCACAACUCCCUGUGGUCAUCCACACCAGUCUACACCCCACUGGUUUCCCCGACUACAGCGACAUCACGAGCAUCCGCAAUUCCGGCUUCACCUUUGUUCAAAGUCACACCCUGCAGGAGGCUCAGGACCUUGCUCUCACUGCCCACGCCCUCGCCAUCCGCACUGGACGUGGCGUUGUUCAUUUCUUCGAUGCCUCUAACAGCAAAUCGGAUCAGCCCAUUCCUAACGAGAGCCGGGAGUUGGUUGCGGAGAUCCUAGACCUCAACAUCGUGAGGCAGCUGCAGAGCGUGAAGAGCAAGGAUGUCAACAUCUACGUCGAUGAGUCGUCGCGGGCUACCGAGACUGCUGAGCCGACCGCAAAGGCAUCCAAGCCCGAAGCAGGUGCUGCCGCUGCUCCUGCUACGGAAAGCUCCACACAAUCCUCAACGUCGUCCUCCUCAUCCUCCUCAUCUGGCAAAGAAGGCAGCAGUUCGGGCGCGUCUCUCGUAGAGUCUGCUACCACCGCCGACUCGCAGCCCAAGCCACUCACGUCUGACGAUGUGGAUGUCGUUGCUACCAACAUCUGGGCCGCACUCAAGAAGUCGACCGGUCGUCAGUACAGCGCUUUCAACUACACUGGUCCUGCCACUGCGGAGAACGCCCUGCUGUUGUUUGGCAGUGAUCCUGGUCUUUUCAGCGCCGAAUUCGAUCGCGCCACACCCGCAGACUUCUUCUCAAAAGUGGGGUUGAUCACUCCGGUUCUGUUCAAGCCAUGGCUGGGAGAUCGCCUGGCCGAGGUUCUACCCAAAUCAAUCAAGCGUAUCGCCGUGUUGGAGCAGAUCAAGCGGAAAACCACUAAAUGGGGCCCGAUCCUGCUUGAUCUCUUGAUGGCUUUGAAAUCCAGUAGUAAGAUUGACGAGGUUCCCCUGGUUGUGGGUUACCAGCUCGGCUACAUUGAAUACACUACCAUCACCCAGGCCCUGAGCGGUAUCUUCCAGAACCUCACAUCGAAGGAGCCAAUCCAGAGCCUGAAGAUUGGUGCAACCACUGGCCCCAGCCCAUCAGAUGAGGGUGCGCAGAAGGCCGCCGGUCUUCAGCAACCAGUCAUCGAGAACGCCUACAUGAAGAUCCUCGAUCAGCUCUUUGGUGAGCGACUGCACAUCGCCAACGCACUCAAGGCCAGCAACGCAGGCAUCAAUGACACGAUCAAAUCAAGCCCCGAGUACGGAUUUGGUUCAAUCUUGGCCCGGAAAGAGCAUCGUUCACGAUUCAUUGCAGAGGCAGAGUCUCUGGUGAAGUCCAAGGCAUUCAUCACAAACGCACCACAGAAAUGGCUGUCCCAAUGGGCUCUCGUCGCUGACAAGGGUGCGGAGGCUGACAAGCUUGCGCCCGAGGUCAUCGCCCGCCUCAGCACCGAUGGAUCGCCUGCUGCAAGCAAGUUGCUGAGCUCAAAGGGCCUCUUCUACAACGAGUCGCAGUGGUUGAUCGGCAGUGAUGCAUGGAGCUACGAUCUCGGAAACAGUGGUGUCCACCACGUUCUUGCCAGUGGUGAGAACGUGAACAUGCUCAUCAUUGAUUCGACGCCAUACAGCGAGCGCGCCGCAGCAGAUGCUGCACGCCGCAAGAAGGACAUUGGACUCUACGCGAUGAACUUUGGCAACGCAUACGUUGCUAGCGUGGCUGUGUACAGCAGCUACACUCAGGUUCUCCAAGCGAUGUUGGAAGCCGAACAAUUCAAGGGACCGUCCGUCGUCCUUGCAUACCUUCCUUACGACCAGGAGACCGCUAGCCCGCUCACAGUAUUGCAGGAGACCAAGAAGGCUGUCGACCUUGGCUACUGGCCGCUGUACCGAUGGAACCCUAAGGCAGAGGAGAAAGGAGAGGAAACCUUCCAACUUGACUCUGAACGAGUCAAGAAUGAGCUCAAGGAGUUCCUGCGACGUGACAACCACAUCUCGCAGCUCAUGCGACGCCACCCUCAGUUCCACGCCACCUUGUCAGAGUCUUACGGCUCCGAGGUUCGCAAGGUCCAGAAGCGCAAGGCCAAGGAUGCAUACGCAUUACUCUUGGAGGGUCUGCAGGGCGCCCCAUUGACAGUCCUUUUCGCUUCGGAUGGUGGAAAUGCAGAGAACCUCGCCAAGAGACUCGCAAACCGUGGAAAGGCCCGUGGUCUCAAGACACUUGUCAUGGCCAUGGACGAAUACCCCAUCGAGGAUUUGGCCACCGAGCAGAACGUUGUCUUCAUCUCGGCCACCGCUGGCCAGGGUGAAUUCCCACAGAAUGGCCGCAACUUCUGGGAGGCCGUCAAGACUUCCGUGGACAUUGACCUUGCUUCGGUGAAAUUCUCCGUCUUCGCUCUGGGUGACUCGCAUUACUGGCCUAGGAAGCAGGACAAGCACUACUACAACAAGCCUGGCAAGGAUCUCUUCGCACGCCUCACUACCCUCGGUGGCGAGAAGCUCGUGGAGAUUGGACUCGGUGAUGACCAAGAUCCCGAUGGAUACCAGACUGGCUACAUCGAGUGGGAGCCCAAGUUGUGGGAUGCUCUUGGUGUCGGCAAUGUCGAGGGUCUGCCCGAGGAGCCCGCGCCAAUGACAAACGAGGACAUCAAGAUCCAAUCCAACUUCCUUCGUGGGACAAUCGCCGAGGGUCUGGUUGACACCUCGACCGGCGCUCUCAGCGCUGCCGAUCAGCAGUUAACCAAGUUCCACGGCACUUACAUGCAGGAUGACCGCGAUCUCCGUGACGAGCGAAAGGCACAGGGUUUGGAGCCUGCGUACAGCUUCAUGAUUCGAUGCCGAUUGCCCGGAGGCGUUGCAACCCCUAAGCAGUGGGAGCAGAUGGACGAUAUCUCGACCGAGUUGGGCAAUGAGACUAUGAAGCUUACCACCCGACAAACGUUCCAGUUCCACGGUGUCGUCAAGGGCAAACUGAAGCCAGCCAUGCAGGCUAUCAACCGCGCUCUCAUGACCACUAUCGCCGCCUGCGGUGAUGUCAACCGUAACGUCAUGUGUAGCUCUCUGCCCGAGCAGAGCAAGCUUCAUGCCGAUGCUCGCGAUGCCGCACAAAAGAUAUCCGACCACCUUUUGCCCAGCACCACUGCUUACCACGAGAUCUGGCUGAAGGAGGACGAUGAGAAGGCUGUUCAGGUUGCCGGAGACGCUGUCCAGGACUUUGAGCCUUUGUAUGGCCCCGUUUAUCUGCCGCGAAAGUUCAAGAUCACCAUUGCCGUGCCGCCACACAACGACACUGAUGUCUACGCUCACGACAUUGGUCUCAUUGCCAUCCGCAAUGAGAAGGGUGACCUUGCUGGCUGGAACGUCCUCGCUGGUGGUGGUAUGGGUUCCACUCAUAACAUGAAGAAGACCUACCCACAGAUCGGUCGCAUGUUCGGUUACUGUGACAACAAGGACGUCCACAUCGUCUGCGAGAAGAUCAUGCUUGUCCAGCGUGACUUUGGUGACCGAGGUAACCGCAAGCACGCUCGUCUGAAGUACACCAUCGACGACAUGGGUCUCGACGUCUUUAUUGGCAAGGUGGAGGAGCUUUGGGGCAAGAAGUUCGAAGCACCUAAGCCUUUCGAGUUCAAGAGCAACGUCGACACUUUCGGCUGGCUCAAGGAUGAGAAGGGGUUGAACCACUUCACUCUGUUCAUCGAGAACGGUCGCAUUGAGGAUACUGCCGACUUCCCCAUGAAGACCGGCCUACGUGCCAUCGCCAAGGCUCACAAAGGUGAAUUCCGAUUGACAGGUAACCAGCAUCUCAUUUUGUCAAACGUCUCCGAUGCGGAGCUUCCGAAGAUGAAGGAGCUGCUCAAGAAAUACAAGUUGGACAACACCAACUUUUCCGGCCUACGUCUUUCUUCCAGCGCAUGUGUGGCAUUCCCAACUUGCGGUCUCGCCAUGGCCGAGUCUGAGCGUUACCUCCCGGUGCUCAUCACUAAGCUCGAGGGUGUCAUCGAGGAGAACGGUCUCCGCCAGGACAGUAUCGUCAUGCGUAUGACCGGUUGUCCCAACGGUUGCGCUCGUCCCUGGUUGGCCGAGGUCGCUUUCGUCGGCAAGGCCUUCGGUGCCUACAACAUGUACCUGGGUGGUGGCUACCACGGUCAGCGUCUCAACAAGCUGUACCGCAGCUCGAUCAAGGAGGACGAGAUUCUAUCCAUCAUGAAGCCGCUGCUCAAGAGAUACGCGCUAGAGCGCAAUGAGGGCGAACGAUUCGGUGACUUUGUCAUUCGCAUCGGAAUGAUUGUUGCGACCAAGGAGGGCCGUGAUUUCCACGACAACGUAGGUUUUGAUUGAUAACAUCUCUGUCCGGCCUGAACACACACUGACUUUAUUUCACAGACUGCUGAGGUUGAGGAGGACGAAUAAGUAUGACCGUCAUGAUUCUAGGUGGG